UGGUGUGUAGAGAGAGAGAGAGAGAGAGAGAGAGAGAGAGAGAGGAGAGAGAUGGGGAGAAGAGAGAGCUCCAUGGAUCCCUUCUCUCUCCCGUUCCUUCUUCAAACCCUAACUCACAACCACUCCCCAUUGCGAGGCACCUUUUUGUUCGAGACAAGGGUUUCACAGUUGAAGUUCCAAUCCCUUGUAUGAUAUAUCAAAAUUCCUAAUUGGCCCCCUUGCGCCGAUGGGCAUUAGAAAGAUCAGGCCUCGGGGGCCUGGACGAGAUAAUUACGCCCAAAAAGGUACCCAAAACCGUCAAUUUGAUGAACUUUCAGAAGAGGGGAUCAUUUUUACGCAAAACUUUCCUUGUUAUGAUUCGGAUGAGUGCGAACUUGCUGAGGUGGGUUGUGAAAAUGUCAUGUUUGGGGGUCAAAUUUGCAAUGUUCCUUAUGAUCUCUAUAAUUUACCCAAUCUAAAGGAGAUACUCUCUUUGGAAACUUGGAAUACCUGUUUAACCGAAGAAGAUAGAUUCUCCUUAGCGGCAUACCUUCCGGAUAUGGAUCAGGAGACAUUUUGUCUUACAAUGAAGGAGUUGCUUAAUGGCGAUUCUCUCUUUUUUGGAAACCCAACUGAGAAGUUCUUUAAUUGUUUGAGGGGCGGAUAUUAUUCUCCACAUGUUACUCAAAUGAGAGAAGCUCUAACAUUUUUACAAAGGCAAGGAUAUUUUUAUUGUUUAAAAUCAUAUCAUGAGGACUUGGUGAAGAAGUUUGUGGAGAUGAACAAGCUGUGGAGUAACUGCCUGCCGAGCACCAGUAUUGAUGAAAGAAUUCAAAUUUGGAACAAAACAAUGAAUCAAAAGCCAACUGCUUUAGUUGACCUCAAUGCAGUUCCUAUAGAAGAAGAUGUAUCCAAUUUUAUAUUGAGCAAGAGGACAAAAGACAUGGAUGGGGUGGUAUGUGCUCAUAAUUCAGCGGCUUCUUUCAAUGGCACAGCAGUGAGUGCAAGUAACAGGGCAAAAGGGCUUCUUAAAAGAAAGCCGAUUGAAACAGGCUCGUGGAAAAAUCAGAUUUUGCAGCCUGUGACCAUGGAGCCGUGGGAACAAUGUAAGCGACUUCCUAAAGGUGUGCUGAAAAUAAAACCAAAAGCUGAAAUCCUUGGAGAGGAAAGCGUCCGAGUGAUGCAUACUCCACCACAACAGUUCAUUUCCUUACCGGGUAAACUUGAUUUCAGCGAGAAUUAUCCAUAUGUAAAUCAAAUAGAUAGAGAUGGAAACACUUAUCGAGAUAGAUCAGCUAAAAGUUCCCAGAGCUUCCAAAAGAAGGUAAAGAUUAUGAGGUUAGAUGGUACUGCAGAGAUAUCAAGAGAGUUACUCCACUCAAAACUCAACCAAAAAUCAAGUACGUAUUCAAAUGAGGCUGGUCAAACUGAAGAAUGUCCAAGAGAAAAGAAUUUUUUGCAAAACUUUGCUGAUUUAGGUUGUUUACCAUAUAAUAAAGGUUCUGAAGACUCAAAACUGUUCACCUGUUCAAAUGUUGGUGCCAACGAACAUUCAAAACUUACAGAUUUUUCCAGUCGAGGAGGGCCUAAGCAUAGAGAUCAUGGCAGUGAUGGAUUUCCGCUGUCGCCAGUCGAUAGUGAAGGCCUUAUGUUCCCGAUAACAUAUAAGAGGAAAAAACCAUACAGAAAACUCAACUCACUGGGUCCUAUAAAGAAGCCGUCCAUGGCAGCAGGAGUGGAAUCAUCCAUUGUACCUACCAGCACAUCAAACACAAAAGCAAAAACAAUCAGGAUAAAAUUCAAGGGGCUUCUGAACUAAAACCGCAUUCUGUAGCCAAUUUGGAGUGACCAAUUUCGCCAAUCGGCACAGCAAACAUGAAAACAAAGACCAUCAGAUAAAUUUAAUAGAGUAACUAUAAUUCAAUACAAAACAAAGGUUGCUGAACUGCCAUAUGGCACAUCAUCCAGCUAGCUGUUAUUUAAUGCAGUCGACGAGAACUUUGCUUCCUGCGAGACAUUCAAAAGACAUCUGAAGCUUCUCGUCGUGUACAGAUGCACAAUUCGCAAGACAUAAUCCUGCUUGUUAGAGAUGUAAAGCAGCAACCAUCUUCCAAUUUAACAGUGGGUAUGGGGAGUUUUUCUUGACAUUUUUAUGCUUAUAGUAUAUACAUCUCUCCCUCUCUCUCCCAUCCUCUCUUAUGGAUUGUCCUUUUUUCGUUCUUUUUUUUUUUUUUUGUUACUUUUCUCUCUGCAAGUAUCUUUGAAGUAGUCAAAAGUAGGAAGAGUAACUCUCGAGUGCAAGCCUUAUUAAUGCUUUAAUGCGAAGUUAUGUAUAAUGUUAGAUGAGAAUUCAUUGUAUUUGCUCUCAAAAACUGGAUAAAUAGCAACUCCAUUAGAAUCAGAUUUUCAUAACAUUGAGCGCAUUGACUUGCAGCUGA